GCAAAAUUUUGUUAUCCUAAUGAUGAUUGGACUACGGAUGAAUCCUUGGUGAAGCUAUACAAACAGCAUAUAAUGCUUUGUGGCAAUCAUUUUGAUGAUUCAUCAUUUACAAGCAGUGCCAAAACAAGACUGAAUAAGUUCGCCAUUCCAACUGAAGCUCAAAAUAUUUUAGCCCAGUUACGACAUGAUCAUCAACUUAAAGAAGUACAAGAAACUCAAUGUCAAACAACCACGAUGCAAAUGGACAUGGAAGCUACCCCCAGUACAUCUCAAUGUUCUAAGCCCACAGAACAUGUCACUGAAUUUAAUCUUCAGAGCCCAGAUUUGACAAAGGAAUCAAGCAAAGGAAAAGGUGUGCUUAAAGAUUUAGACGUGGAAAGAAUUAAAGAACUCACUCCCAGAAAACAGAAACUUUAUAAAAAAUGCAGAAGAAAUUUAACUGAAAUCUUAAGACUUCGAAGAAAAUUAAAAAACAUUAAAAUGUGCAAAAGAGAUGUUUUAAGUUCUUUACACAAUAGUGAUGCGACGGCUAUCAAGACCAUGCUACCCAAGGCCGAACUCAAGAAAUCGCAAGUCAUGCGCUAA